GAUCUUAACACCCCAGAAGACUACUGGCAAGAAUGCCCAACACGAAUUCUUCCUUCUCCAACGCCAUGAGGAUCAAAUUCCCUAUAUUUGUCAUUAUUUUGGAGGUGGCCAUUAUAAUUUUAUUUGGGAUAUUUGUAAAAUAUGACACAGGGAACAGCCACCCUCCACUCUCAGGUGCAUUCUGGUUAUACCCACCAGGCACAGCCAGGAACACAGAAAGAGUUGGAUUGCCGUAUUCAGUGACUUUAUCCAUCACCUAUCGAUCUAGGAGCAUAAGAGGUUGUCUCACACCAGUCUUUCAGGAUGUUCAUGUGAUGAUAUUUGUUGGGUUUGGUUUCCUGAUGACUUUCCUGAAGAAAUAUGGCUUCAGCAGCAUUGGUAUCAACUUACUCAUUGCAACCUUGGGACUCCAGUGGGCCACUCUAUUACAAGGGUUUUGGCAUAUGCACUCAAAUGAAAUCCAUGUUGGCAUUCAAAGUAUGAUCAAUGCAGACUUCAGCACAGCGGCUGUCCUGAUUUCAUUUGGAGCAGUUCUGGGGAGAACAAGUCCAGUCCAGAUGCUGAUUGUGACCAUUUUGGAAAUCACAAUUUUUGCAUGCAACGAACAUCUUGUUGUGUCGAUAUUAAAGGCCACUGAUACUGGAGCAUCCAUGACUAUCCAUACUUUUGGAGCCUACUUUGGUCUGGCUGUUGCCUGGGCCACAUAUCGCCCUGGUCUGAAAAAUGGACAUGAAAAUGAAGGUUCUGUUUACCAUUCAGACAUAUUUGCCAUGAUUGGUACCCUUUUCCUUUGGGUGUUUUGGCCCAGUUUUAAUUCAGCAAUUGCAGCACCAGGAGAGGACCAGUACAGAGCGAUCAUCAACACUUACUUUGCUUUGGCAGCAGGCACCCUCACAGCAUUUGCCACCUCUAUCUUGGUGGAAGGUAGAGGCAAACUUGACAUGGUGCACAUUCAAAAUGCUACCUUAGCAGGGGGAGUUGCUGUGGGUUCCUGUGCAGACUUGAACAUCUUGCCUUUUGGCGCAAUGUUAAUUGGCAGCAUAGCAGGAAUAAUCUCAGUUGUUGGAUUCAAAUACUUGACUCCAUUGUUUGCCUCAAACCUGAAGAUUCAGGACACCUGUGGAGUCCAUAACCUGCAUGGCUUACCUGGAAUUUUGGGGGGCAUUGCAAGUAUUAUUGCAGCAGCUUUACAGAUCAACAGCAACUUAUCAGCCGCGAUGCAGGCUGCAGCCCUGGCAUGCUCAAUAGGAAUUGCUUUGGUAGGAGGGGUAUGCACAGGAUUAAUUCUACGUUUGCCUUUCUUGGGAGAACUACCUGAUCAGAAUUGCUAUGAUGACUCAGUGUAUUGGGAGGUUCCUUUUGAAGAUGCAUCACAGGAGAGCAGUGUAGGAAGACCAUAGCAAACUCAAUGUUGAAGCACAGAAGAAGCAAUCCAAGUUUAGCUCUUGUUGUCAAGUGGAAUAUAUGGCUUGUACCUUGUUUUUCUUUUUUAUCUUAAUGCAAAACUAAAAUAUUGCUCACAUAAGCAGAAUUACUUUACAGGACAUCCCCAUUAGAAUGUUUGUGCUUCAAAUAUAUUCAGAUCCUGGCAGCACAGACUUUUGACAGAAGGCUUGUUGAUAACAAAUAUGUUGUGUCAGAAGUGACGUCAAAACCUAAGCUACAAUCCCCUGGAGUUGAUCAAACCUAAAAAUGAAGCCUGAUGAAAUGAAUUUACUGCCUCUUUUCAGUAAUUAACUGGUAAUUAAUUUAGAGGAAUUGAAAGGCUUAUCUUGGUAUUCAAUGCAUAAAAGACACAUAAGCCAAUGAUGAUUAUGAUACCAAGCAAAUGGAAACAUAUCACUGUAAUAACAGAAACUGAAAUACAAGUAGCAGCAGUU